UGACGUCACAGCACUGAACUCACUAACAGCGUUACACAACACUAACAGCUUCAACAACAUACGGAGUUUCUUCAGUAGUUUGUCUUCAGUUCUGUCUCAGAGAUGGUCUGCAUUCCCUGCAUCGUGAUUCCUGUGCUGCUGUGGAUUUACAAGCGCUUUCUAGAGCCGAUCAUUUAUCCCUUCAUCGCCCCAUUCAUCAGCCGUUUCUGGACUAAAGCGUCAGUGCAGGAGACCGCAGCUAAAGACAGCAAACACAGCACUGCUGAAUGUAAUGGAUCGGCAAACGGCGCCACAGCCAACGGAUCAAGACGGAGUCUCGAUAAAAAUCCGACUGACAGAACUCACGACAGUCUCCUCAAUCAUACUUGAUGUAUAGAUAUUUUCACAUGUAAAUUCCCUCGGCUUUCUCACACACCACACACACAAACAACACACACACACGCGAGCACACAAACAACACACACACACACACACACACACACACACAACACACACGCGAGCACACAACACACACGCGAGCACACAAACAACACACACACACGCGAGCACACAAACAACACACACACA